AUGCUUCUUCAUGAAAUUAGAGGACCAACAUCUUUUUCAGACCUAAAGACCGUUAAUGGUAUCUUCCAUAAUACAUUCCAAUCUGCCUGUAAUGUGUUAGGUUUGCUUGAAGGUGAUAAUCACUGGAACAAUACGUUAAAUGAAGCUUUCUUGAGUGAUUCUCCUUCCAAGCUGCGCGAACUAUUUACAGUGAUGUUGGUAUUUUGUCAACUAUCGGAUCCUUUAACUCUUUGGGAUACACAUAAAAACAAUCUUUCAGAGGAUAUUAUCCGACAAAUGGACAGAUAUUUGCAAGGUGAUGCUGACCAAAAAGAUGAGGCUCACAUCAAAUGGUUGAUACAAAUUGAAGAUGCAGUGCUUGCUGUAGGAGGUCAGAGUAUAUCAAGUUAUGGGCUACCUCAGCCAACAAGGACAGAAAAUAACUUCGAAAACAUAGUCUAUCAGAGAGAGAUAAACUACGACCUGAAUACCUUGGCAAAAGUAGUAGUGAGCAACGAGGACUUACUGACAAACGAGUAA